AUGCAUGGUGACAUUACAAGGUUGAAAGAACAUGUCGGUCAUGUCACGGGCCAAGUUGAACCUUGUCCAAGGGCCUCAAGAGAAGUUAGAGAUGUAAUGAAAAUGCAUCUAAAGGCUGGAAAUGUGGGUGCUGGCACUUCAAAACCAACGACUUCUGAAAAUAAAAGAGAAUUGUCACGUAAUUUCAGUGUCAGACAAGCGGAUGAAAUGACAAGCAGAGGAAUUGGUAAGGCAGUUUCAAAGUUUUUUCAUUUCAAUGUUAUACCAUUUCAUGCAGCUGACAAUCUUUAUUAUCAAUCAAUAAUUGAUGAAAUUGCCAAAGUUGGUUUUGGUAUUAAAGGGCCUUCAGCUUUUCAAAUUGGAAAUGAAUAUUUAGACGAAAAAUUUGAAGAGCUUGAGAAAUAUUUUGGAGAUAUUUAUGAUAAAUUUUCAACUUUUGAUCGUACACUUAUGUGUGAUGGGUGGAGCACUCGUACAAAACAUCCAAUAAUAAAUUUUAUGGUAUACUGUGAUAGGCACAUGAUAAACCAUAGUUCAAUUGAUUGUACCAAUGUCAAGAAAACUGUCGAAUAUAUUUUCAAGUUAAUGGAUGAGGUAGUAGAGGUUGUGGUAGAAAAAAAUGUUGUGCAAGUUGUGACAGAUAGUGAAUCUAGUAUGAAAGCAGCUGGACAACUGUUGAUGAAAAAAAGAAAAAAUCUAUUCUGGUCACCUUACGCUGCUCAUUGUAUAGAUUUGAUGUUGGAGGAUAUUGGCAAAAUAGAUAAUGUAAAAGAAACUAUUGCUUAG